CCCAUAUUUAGCAAAACAUUUGGGUCAUCAAGAGACUUCAACUUCCUGUUUUGUGUCUCGAGUGCUACUCCUCCCUCUCUGCUCUUCCUGAACAUUAAAAGCAGCUCAAAGACACUUUCCAAAACCUGCCGAACAAGGCGAGCUUGUAACAUCACCGGAGACCCGUGUGCUAAGUGUGAGAACACAGCACUUUGGCUCUCAGUAUGAAAGAAGCGUGUCGGGUGUGACCAUGUCUUCCAAGUUGCCUGAAGAGGACCUGUUAUGCCCUGUGUGCUGUGACAUCUUCAGCGAUCCCGUCCUGCUCCCAUGCAGCCACAGCUUUUGCCGGUCCUGUCUGCAGAACUUUUGGGAAAGGUCACUUUUCCGGAGCUGUCCCGUUUGCAGGAGGAGAGUCUCGAAAAAACAAGCUCCAAGCAACUUGGCUUUGAGGAACCUGUGCGAGGCCUUCAAGCAGACCCAGAACUGGAGAUCUGAAAACGAUGAGAAGAUGUUGUGCCCACAGCACGGUGAGAAAAUGAAGCUCUUCUGCAUAGAUGACCAGCAGCCCAUCUGCGUGGUGUGCCAAACUUCAAGAAUGCACAAGGGUCACAACUGCACUCCCACAGACGAGGCCGCGCUGGACUGUAAGGAGAAACUUGAUUCUGCUUUGAAGACACUCAAAGACAACUUUGAUGUUGUGAUGAAACUUAGAAUGACUUCAGCUGUGACAGUCGAGCACAUCAGGAGUCAGGGUCAGCUAAUAGAGAAGCAAAUAAAGCAUCAGUUCAUGGAGCUUCACCAGUUCCUGCAUAAAGAAGAGGAGGCUCGGCUCUCUGUGCUCAAGGAGGAAGAGACGAAGAAGAUUGAUGAUAUAAAGAAAAGAGAUGAAGAGCUGAUGAACAGGAUCUUUUCUCUCUCUGAGAUCAUCAGUCGCACAGAGCAGGACAUCGCAGCUGAUGAUCUGACGCUGCUGCAGAAUUUCAAUUCUGCCAUGGAGAGAACUCAGAGUUCACCUCCAAAUCCAAAAGGGUUUCAUGGGGCACUAAUAGAUGAAGCCAAGCACUUGAGCAACCUGAAGUUCAGGGUUUGGGAGAAUAUGCAAGAAGUCGCUCCAUACUUCCCUGUGACUCUGGACCCGAACACAGUGCACCCGUGUCUCAGGCUGUCAGACGACCUCAGUAGUGUCCAUUACAGCAGCCUGGGUCGUCCUCUCCCCACCAAUCCUGAGCGCUUCUCUGUGAGUGCAGAGGUCCUCGGCUCGACAGCCAUCGAUUCUGGCAUGCAUGCCUGGGAGGUGGACCUGGCAGAGAGCAAUGACUGGAUCCUGGGUGUAGCUAGCGUGUCUGUUAAGAGGGACUUGGAGGUCCCGGCACGACCGGAGAACGGGUUCUGGACACUGUGCAUGCGGGAUGGAGAGUACAGAGCCAUGGUGUCUCCUGUAAAAACACUGAAGUCGGACAAAAAGCUACAGAAAGUGCGAGUGGAAGUGGACUGGGAUGCAGGGAAUGUUUGUUUCUUGUGUCCUGAGGACGGGGAAAUGCUGUACAAAUUCACACAAGGGUUCACGGACAAGGUGGUGCCGUAUUUCUACACGCAGAGUACAAAGCCUCUGAGGAUUGUACCACAGCUGGUGAUGAUUUCUAUGAAGAAAAACUGAGACUUAUUGAAUGAAUGUGUUAACAGGAAGAAGCUUAUGAUAAGCAGAGCAUGAGUUCUCACCACUUCAAACCUGCCAGUGUUGGCUCCUCGAGCAAAGCUUUAAUCCUCAAUUUCUCAAUUUGGUUCCCAAAAAGUCACAUAAAACACACUUUUACCCUAAACAAGGAAUUCAAAUUUUAUGCUCAUGUCUGUAUAUAUAACUGUACUGGCUGUUUUUUUUUCUAAUGAUAAUGUGGUGCCUGGUGCUCAUUUGCAUAUUAGAAUUUGAUUGGCCCUUGUGUUUUAUGAUGUCAUAACACCUGCCAGAUACAUAUUCAGCACUAACACGAUUUACUACUCAGUUAUUCAGCUUCCUUGGAUUUGCGUUUCCUUGAUUAAAAACCUAAACAUCAUUGGGAAGUGCUUCAUAACUGCCAGGAGGCGGAGUCAAAUGGAACACUGGACAUGAGACGAGAAUGAGACACCGGUUGAAGGGAUUUAUCCACACAUGUUUAUGCCAAGGGCCAAUCGAGAGUCAGCAACUAGUGUAUUUUUGGGAGGUGGGAGGAAACCACAGAGUUCGGGAGUAAACCAGAUGAGAACAGGAAAAAUGUGUGACAUCUCCAGAUAAGGUUGCUGGGAUAGACUCCAGGCCUCCCAUGACCAUGUGUAGAGGAUGAGUGUUGAACAAAUAAUAAUAAUAAUGUCAUCUUGGAAAACAUAAAUUAAAUAUUUUAUAAUAUUGAUUAUAAUUGAAUAAAGAUGUGUAUUUUAAUGUA